AUGGUCAUCACACCCCAGCCUUCCAGCUUCCGCUGGCUGGCGAAGGUGGCUGGACCGUGGCGCGCCGCCCUCCGCCGAUAUAAGAGGCCGAGCUCGCGCCCCACGCGGAACCCGCGGCUCAGGUCCUUCCCCGGCGUCCCGACUCGUUGGACCCGAGGCCGGACCGGCCGCUGCGCAGCCGACGCCAGCCCGGGGCCUGGGAGCGACGAGCGUCCCGGGGCGCCCGCCGCGGGCACCAUGGGCGCUUCCCACUCCGCGUCCGAGGAGGUGCGGGAGCUCGUGGGCAAGACCGGGUUCUCCUCAGACCAGAUCGAACAGCUCCACCGGAGGUUUAAGCAGCUGAGUGGAGACCAGCCCACCAUUCGCAAGGAGAACUUCAACAACGUCCCUGACCUGGAGCUCAACCCGAUCCGAUCCAAAAUCAUCCGUGCCUUCUUCGACAACAGGAACCUGCGCAAGGGACCCAGCGGCCUGGCCGAUGAGAUCAACUUCGAGGACUUCCUGACCAUCAUGUCCUACUUCCGGCCCAUCGACAUCGCCAUGGACGAGGAGCAGGUGCAGCUCUGCCGGAAAGAGAAGCUGCGAUUUCUGUUCCACAUGUAUGACUCGGACAGCGACGGCCGCAUCACCCUGGAAGAGUACCGAAAUGUGGUGGAGGAGCUGCUCUCAGGAAACCCCCACAUCGAGAAGGAGUCAGCGCGCUCCAUCGCCGACGGGGCCAUGAUGGAGGCAGCCAGCGUCUGUGUGGGCCAGAUGGAGCCUGAUCAGGUGUAUGAGGGGAUCACCUUUGAUGACUUCCUGAAGAUCUGGCAAGGGAUAGACAUCGAGACCAAGAUGCACGUCCGCUUCCUUAACAUGGAAACCAUCGCCCUGUGCCACUGAGCGCCCCGCCCCACGCAGAACCCGCACCGGGACCGGGGCCCCGACCGGGGCUGCGGGGCUCGGGGGGCCCCUCUGCUCCAGCUCUUGUAAAUAGUCAACACUCCUCACUCCUCGUUUUCUCACAGGGUAUACGGUAUGUGGGACUUCGCUGUUUUUAUUUCUAAUAAAAAAGAAAAAGGGUUUGUUACAGAA